UGCUAAGCAACAGACUGGCUGAUGGGGCCGGCUCACCCGCGUCACAGCCUCCAAGCACCCACAGAGGCGGCGCCCCUGAGCAGAAGGAUUGCUCCUGUGGACUGCAGCCAGGGAUGGGGUCGGGCAUCCUGUCUUCCUUUAACUGCUGCACCACCUUCAGUUCGCUCUUGCCGACAGUGUGUUUGGGCUGACCUCUGUGUACUGGAUUACCCUGCUGCAUGACAGCAUGUCACAUAGGAUAUCAAGCAGCAUAAGAGAGUGUAGUAGCAUGAAUGUACAAGGAAUAGACAAAGUGGCAGUUAUAGACUCAGUAGGCUCCAAAGAUGGGAGCAUCACAGAAGUGAAUGUGAGCCCCUGCCCCACACAGCCUUGCCAGCUCCAGAAAGGGAUGUCCUACAGCGUCAAUGUCACCUUCUCCAGCAAGAUCGAGAGCCAGGGCAGCACAGCGAAGGUGUAUGGGGAGAUGCUCCAUGUGGACAUACCCUUUCCCAUCCCUGAGCCUGAUGGAUGCAAGUGUGGGAUCCAGUGCCCCAUUGAGAAAGGCCAUUCCUACAGCUACCUGAACAAGCUGCCUGUGAAAAGCGAGUACCCCAGUAUUAAACUGAUCGUCAAGUGGGAGCUGAUUGAUGACCAAAAUGAGAUGUUGUUCUGCUGGAAGAUACCUGUCCAGAUCACCAGCUAAGGAGCCCUGCUUGCCGCUUUGGGGGAGGGGAGAGUAGAAGUGAAAACAUAGAUCAGACUUUUCUUAUAUAAUGGGCAUUUCCUGGCAUCUGCUUCAAAAUUCUGCAGCCUCUAAGCAGCCGGCACUGUGUUGUCCCAAAGCUGAGGUACAGUUGCUGCAGGGGCAUCAAUAGGCAGAGGGCUCAACUCCCUGCAACUUAAGAGGGGGCAGAGUCUGGCAGCCAUUGGUGGCAGUGGCUGAGCAGCACAUUGCUGGAGUUCUGCCAUGGUUUCUGUCCCUUGAAAUGAGCCUCUCUCUCUCUAAUGCAAUGGGGCUGGUGUCAGCUGCUGCCUGUUAACCCUUGAGUGCCUGUCCUGAUAGAAUGCUGCUGCAUCCCUCUGCUUUUCUCCUGCUCAGUCAUGACCAGAGCAUUCCUGCGACCUGCAUCUGCCAUCCAGAGCCAAUGGAGGGUGAAGAGAGGGGACUGGCCCUGCCACUUGUCUUCCAUGAGCACUGGUGUUUCCUUGGCCCAGCAGUGGCCAGCGGCUCUACAGCUGGGAGAAUGCUUCCUCUGUGCAGGCGCAAACCCAAACCUCAUGCAGCAUCUCUGCAGGGAUGACUCUUACUAACCAGUGAUUUGCACUGUCUAUUAAUUCACAUGGAGCUGCUGCUGGGGGCUCUUUACCCCUAACCUCUUUUUAUAACUUUCCUUUUUAAUAAAGGCUCAAUAAAAACUA